AUGUCUUCCGAGGGCAGCGCCGCUGGAGGCGUUCACGGGCUUCUUCUGAAACUCCACAAUUCCCUCUCAGACGAAGACACCCGAGCUGCGGCUUUGAAAUGUCACGAUAUUGUCGGGGACUUGGGACAGGAGUGCAUGCUAACUCCAACCGAGAACGAACUUGCCUUGCAGAUGUCCUUAUUGUUCUCUAAAGACUACGGCUUGCUCGGCUUCCUCAGGAAGUCGCUGGGAUCAGAGGAGGUAGGUGCAUCAAGGAACAUCUAGUGAACAACGACGCCGCUGCACUGAAAAGUUCACCUGUUGACAGAAACAUCUGUUUUCCAGUUGCGGGACACGCGAGUUGACAUUCUGGUUUUUCUGGAGAAGUUCUUGGACAGGAUCUCACCAAGAGUCAAAGGUUGGGAGAGGACAUGCGCCAAUGACAUAAGAGACACAUGCAUGGUUGUGUACACGAAGGACAAAACAGCCAAGUGUAGGACUCUCGUGCUGGAGCUCCUCAUCAAGGUUCUCCAAACAACAAAGGCUUCCAGUGUCGUCGCAGAGCUUCGUAUCUGUGAACUAUUCAACAGAUAUUACGGUGAGCUCUGUCAGAAGAGCAAACUGCCAGAUUCAGUCCUCGGCAAAAUCUAUGAGUUGCUGGGAGUUCUGGCCGAGGUCCACCCCAGCGAGAUGUCCAGUAACUCCGACAAACUCUACAAGGCGUAUCUGGGAGAGCUCAAAGAGCAGAUGACCUCUUUGACGAAGGAACCCAAACUUUUUGUUGUAGCUGGAUGUUUGAGAGGACUCGCGUCUCUUAUGGUCAACUUCACUAAAACGAUGGACGAAGACCCUGCAACAUCCAAGGAGAUUUUUCAAUAUGCCCUAAAGGCCAUCAGCCCUCAGAUGUCAAUGACUCGCUACGCCGUCAUAUUCGCCGGGCUCCGAUUGCUCGCCAAACACGCGUCCCAGUUCAGCAGCUGCCUCAUGGACCACUACAGAGCUCUGUUCGAGGUCAUGUCCAGUCUCUGUGGACACAUCAACAGCGAGAUGAAGAAGACGAGUUACCACGCGCUCGAGGCCUUCCUCAAGCAGGUUGCAAUGGUGGUGGCAGAAAAUAUUGAGGAGCACAAAGGCAAGUUGAAGUUCUUCAUGCAGAAGUUCUGCGGCAUCAUAAGAAACAUGGACUCGACGCACAAGGAGCUGUCCAUCGCUAUACGAGGAUAUGGAUUCUUUGCCACCCCAUGCAAGAAGGUCUGCCCACAAGACGUGGACUUGAUGUACACAGAGCUGAUUCAGCGCUGUAAGCAGAUGUACCUGACGGAGUCUGAUGGGGAGGACGAAAGCUUCUACCAGCUGCCCAGCUUCCUGGACUCCAUAGCCAGUGUCUUGAUUCACCUGGACAAGAUUCCAGAGGUGUACACGCCACUGCUGGAGCGUCUCCUCGUGGUGCAGAUCGACAGCUUCCCCCAGUACAGCGAGAAAAUGCAGACCGCGUGUUGCAGGUCCAUCCUGAAGGUGCUGGUGGCCAUGGCCUCUAAAGGACCUGUCCUUUGGGGGUUCAUCAGCUCUGUGGUUCACCAGGGCUUGAUUCGUGUCUGCUCAAAACCCGCCCUGCUUUCUGAGGACAAAGACAACGGUCGCUCGGAGUCUCCCCAGCUGCACACUGGAAAAUGGAAAGUUCCAUCCAGUCACAACUACCUCGCCCUGUUUAAAAGCCUUCUAGACUGUGAUCGGCUGAAGGAUUCAGGAUUUUUAGAUGGAGCUUUUGAAAGUCAGAACGCCGCCCUGGUGUCUCUGAGCCGCCUGCUUUAUGACGAGUUGGUGAAAUCAAUUCUCAAAAUUGUGGAGAAGUUGGACUUGUCUGUGCAGAAAGUGAAUACGGGAGGAGAGGCUCUAGAUGAUGCGGCCCAUGUCCUGCCGUCCUCGGACCCCACAGCUCACCUGCUGCCCAAUAAGAUCAAAGAUUUCACGGCCUUCAUCAACCUAGUGGACUUCUGCAGCGAGUUGUUGCUGACUAAACACCUGGAGUAUUUUCAGUUCUGGAUGUAUUGCUUAAGCCACGAGCUAAUCCUCCACUCCAUACGAAAUCCACUCGUCAGUGGCUUUUACAAGCUGCUCUCUGUCACCAUGAAAGUUGCCAAUAGAAUCAAGUUCUACCAGGGAGUCUGCCCGAGAAGCUCCACGUCCCCCCAGAGUGACACGGGGAAGAGCGCUUGUUUCGCUCUCUUCUCUAAGUUUGGAAAAGAGGUGUGUGUGAGAAUGAAGCAGUACAAAGAUGAGCUGCUGGCAUCCUGCUUGACAUUCGUCCUCUCGCUGCACUACAACAUGGUAGCGCUGGACCUCAAGGCCUACUGUCCCGCCCUUGAGGCUGCUCUGAAGUUGGGUCUGAGCCACGUUCCUUUGGCCAACACAGCGCUGGAUGCCCUCGAGGACUGGUCCUCCCACAUUCCCCUGGACACGAUGCAGCACUGCUACACCAGCAUCCUUCCCCUUCUUGAUGGCUACCUGAAAACCAGCUCCGACGACAAAGACGACAGCAACUGGGAGGUGAUGGCCUCCUUGUCCUCGAGAAGUGACAAAGGAUACAGCCGAGUGAUGACGAGGCUCUUGAAAAAAUCCAAACAGCUCCCCACGGAAGACGCCCCUCUCGUCGCUGUGAGGCUCCGAGUGGUGAAGUUGCUCGGCCACCUGGGAGGAAAGCUGAACAGGAACCUCGUAACCGGGGUGUCUUCGGAGGAGACGAUGAAGAAAUUUGUUGCCUGGGACUCUGAGAAAAGGCUCAGCUUUGCAGUGCCGUUCGCUGACAUGAAGCCGGUCAUCUACCUCGACCCAUUUCUGCCUCACAUCAGUGAACUGGCUCUGUCCACGAGUGACCGACAAACCAAAGUAGCGGCGUGUGAGCUGCUCCACAGCCUGGUGGUCUACAUGGUUGGGAAGAGUGCUCAGAUGGUGGAGGGAGACAAUAGUUUGCCGCCCAUGUACAAGCUGCACAAGAGGCUGUUUCCUGUGCUGCUGCGUCUGGCCUGCGAUGUGGAUCAGGUGACCAGACAGCUCUUUGAACCACUGGUCAUGCAGCUGAUUCACUGGUUCACAAACAACAAGAAGUUUGAGAGCAAAGACACGGUAGCCAUUCUGGAGGCCAUCAUGGACGGCGUGGUUGACCCGAUGGACAGCACUCUCAGAGACUUCUGCGGCCGCUGCAUUGAAGAGUUUGUCAAAUGGUCAAUCAAACAAACAACCCCCAAGCAGCAGGAGAAGAGCCCGACCAACAUGAAGUCCUUGUUUAAGCGCAUCUACAGCUUGGCUCUCCACCCGAACGGCUUCAAAAGGCUUGGUGCGGCCUUGGCAUUCAAUAGCAUCUACAGACAAUUCAGGGAGGAGGCGUCCUUGGUGGAGCAGUUCAUUUUUGAAGUUCUCGUCAUAUUUGUGGAAAGUCUGGCUCUUGCGCACUCGGAUGAGCCAUCUAUGGGUACAUUGCAGCAGUGUAGCAGUGCCAUUGAUCACGUGAAAAGAAUCAUCAACCAAAAGGCUCCCAGUCUGAAUCGGCACAACACAAAGAUACGUGUCCCGAGGGGCUUUCCCCCUGAUGAAAAGCUGUGCCUCUCUGACAUGGUUUUAUGGCUUCUGGAACAAUGUGGCCGACCUCAGACAGCGUGUCGCCACAAAUGCAUGUACCUAUUCUAUGAGUUCAUACCUCUCCUCCCAGGAAAGGAGUCUCCAUCUCAGUGGGUCGACGGCAAGCUGAAGGAUCAUGGAAAAGGUUUUCUGAUCUCCCGUUUUGAGGGUGGAGGCCUCUUCUCUCAGCCCACUCUCAGGGGCCUGACGGUCCCUUCUAGUGUCAGAGCCACGCUGCAGUGGAUGGACGUGCUGCUGGCGGCCCUGGACUGCUACAACACCUUCAUCCAGUUGCACAUAAUCAAGCCUCCGCUCAUGCUUAGCACCAGAGAGAAAUCGAGCUUUCUCAAAGCCAUAUGCUUCUUUUUGACGGAACUGGCAACGGGCAAUCUGGCAGCAGCAGAAAGCUGCUUCUCACACGGCCAGAAGACCUCGCACUUCAGCCCGAGAGAGGUGGAGCAGUACAACUUCAGCAAGUGCACCAUCAUUGUCCGCCUCCUGGAGUUUGUCACCAGGAUUCUUGUCAAAGGAGACAAAGAAUUUUGGAAGCUUCUCGAACAAGACAUUUUUGUCCCCAAUCUGUUUGAGCUGACCGCGCUGGUGGUGUGUGAGCCAUCCACCGUGGGGUUCAACAUGGCAGAUGUGGAGGUGAUGAGGAAACUACCAGAAGUGUGCGUUCCUUUACUAAAGGCGCUGCUGGCCUCCCCUUACCGCACUCGCCUGGAAGGCAGUUUGCGGACAAAAAUCUCCCGUAAAAGUGUGGAGGAGCUGUGUACUGUAGACUUCUAUCACUCGAGCACCCAGAGACACCAUGACCAGAUGGAAAUGGUUCUGUCGUCCUGUAAGCAGAUCCACAAAGCCGACUUUCUCAGCUCUAUUCUGCACAGUCAGGACGGCGCCUGUGCCAAAUCCAUUGGGUCCCGACUUCUAAUGACGGUGUAUAAAGGAAUAGCACCGGGUGAGAACCGCAACGCACUUCCAUCCUUGGACAUAAUUACCAAAAGUUUGGCGGACGGUCUGCUUCAGCUUGCCUUCUCUCUGAACCAACAGAGUGAGCCGCUGGUGGACCUGUUGUUGAACACCAUCCUGCUCACUGUGCCGAUCUCUGGAAGUCAUUGCCAUAACGUCCUGAGCUUCUCACACGGCGAGUACUUCUACAGCCUCUUCCAGAUGACCAUCAACACUGAGCUGCUGAAGGAUUUGAACACCACAGUGCCAUGCCUCAUGUUGGCAUCCUCUCAGAACCCCAGCAUGGUGAGCGUGUUGCUGAAUGGCAUGCUGGACCACAGCUUUAGAGAGCGCUCCGUGAGGAAGACUCAGGGAAAACAGCUGGUUGAAGAGGUGCUACGGAGAUGGAAUAGCCUGCAGUCGUGGUGGAAAGGACACUCCUCUACUCCAGAGAGCAAAACUGCCACUCUGCUACUGCUCUCCAAGCUCCUACAGAUUGACUCCUCCGUCUGCUCUGAUACCAACCACGAAGCGUUCAGACCGGUUUUCUCCACUUUCACCAUGCUGCUGGUCGACAUGGAUCUGCCGCUGAAUCUCAAGAGUCAGGCUUUGCUGGUGUUACCGUUCUUCACAACCCUCCCAGAGGAGCCGCUCGGUGAGCUGCAGGAAGCCCUCGACGCCCUGGUGGCGUCCCAUUUCCCCAUGCAGUCGGAUGAGUUCGCUAAGGGCUCACUGCACCGCAACAACUACAUGGACUGCAUCCGAAAGUUGCUAGAUGCCCUAGAGCUUUCUCAGAGUCCACUUCUCCUCAAACUGAUGGCGGGGAUUCUGUGUCGCGAUAGAAAACACAUCAUGGAGGAGCCCUUCCAAACCUGCUUCCAAAGAAUUGCCAGACGAUCAAGCAGUGAGCGGCAGCUGCAGCUGCUGUGCACUGUGUACCGGGGGGUCCAGCAGGGUGACGUGCCGAUGAGCUCCAUGCUGCAGGCCGCGAUGGAGAGGGUCCUGCUACCUCUCGCCUCCCACUGUAGCACCAAGGCUCUGAAUGACUUCUUUGUGGCGAAUGUCUCUGACAUGAUGGUUGUACUGCUCAGUCGCUUCACAAAGUCAAAUGAAAUGGAAUUUGAGAUCCAGUUGAUGAAGAAGAGCGGCUGCUACAAGCUGAUGGAGCUCCUGUAUUCUCAGCUUCCCAAAGAAGAGGUUUACUCCAAGGAGUCCCGCAUUAACCAAGCCUACUGUUGUUCAGACAAAACCGAGGGGAAUGAGUUGUCCAAGACCUUGAUCAAGUUGUGUUUUGAUGCCUUCACUGAGAACAUGGCCGGGGAAACUCAGCUCCUUGAGCUUCGGAGACAAUAUCGCUGCGCUGCAUACAAUUGUGCCAUCGCCGCAAUCAGCUGCAGCUUCAGUGAGCCCAAAUUCUACCAAGGCUUCCUCUUCAGUGAGAAACCAGAAAAGAAUCAGUUCAUUCUGGAGAAUAUUAUCGACGUUGAAAGGACCUACAACUUUCCAAUUGAAAUUGAGGUCCCACUUGAGAGAAAAAAGAAAUAUGUCAUGAUUCGGAAAGAAGUGAGCGAGGAGAAUGGAGAGGCGCCAGUGUAUCUGUCCUCCCAGUCUUACAUGGCGGACAGCAGCCUGAGUGAGGAGAUGAGCCAGUUUGAUUUCUCCACCGGAGUCCAAAGCUUUUCCUUCAGCUCCCAAAACCCUGAAGGACCCCGGCGCACUGUUGCAAAAAGAGAGACAGAGGAGACAAACCCCUCCCAGGACGCAAUGGUGGAUCUAGAAAUGGACGAGCUAAACCAGCAUGAAUGCAUGACGACCAUGACUGCUCUUAUUGGUCACAUGCUGAGGAACAACAUAACCCCCAAAAUUGAGCAGGGAAACGUGCCUGGUGAACUUCCUCCAUGGAUGAAGUUUCUACAUGGCAAACUAUCAAAUCCAGCUACACCUCUGAAUAUUCGACUGUUCAUCUCAAAGCUGAUCAUCAACACGGAGGAGGUUUUCCGACCAUACGCCAAGCACUGGCUGGGGCCCCUCCUGCAGCUCGUCGUUUCUGGAAACAACGGUGGAGAGGGGAUCCAUUUCAUGGUGGUGGAAAUAAUCGUCACAGUGCUCUCUUGGACGAGCCUGGCCAGCCCCAAGGGAAACCCCAGAGAUGAAGUGCUCGCCAACCGGCUUUUAGAGUUCCUGAUGAAGCAUUGCUUCCAUUCCAAAAGGGCGGUUUUCCGGCACAAUCUGGAAAUCAUUCGCACCCUGGUUGAGUGCUGGAAAGACUGUCUGCAUGUGCCUUACAGUUUGAUACACGAGCGAUUUUGUGGCAACGACCCAAAUAGCAAAGACAACUCUGUUGGACUUCAGCUGCUGGGAAUCAUCCUGGGAAACAACCUCCCUCCAUACGAUGCCUCAUGUGGAAUUGAAUACGACAGGUACAUCCAGUCUCUCACAAACAACGUGUCCUUCGUAAGAUACAAAGACGUCUACGCAGCAGCUGCUGAGAUUAUUGGCCUCAUCCUGAAGAACAUGACUGAAACAGGCCAUCGUCAGCAGCUUCUCAGUCUCGCUGCAAGUAAGAUCACCAAUCUGAAGAAAAAAGACAUGGAUGACAAGUUCAUUAUUUGCUUGAACAAAGUUUCAAAGCACUUUCCUCCAUUUAUGGAUCGGUUUGUCAACUACGUGUUCUCCCUCCUGCCAAAGUUGCACGGCAUCUUGAAGACGCACUGUUUGGAGUGCGUGCUGAGCCGUGCUGAUGUCAUCCCAGAUAUAUUUCUGCAUCUGAAAACCACAGGCUUCAUUCAAAUGAUGGGCCACAGGGAUGAAGCCAGGCAGAGAGUGUGUCUGGAUAUCAUCCACAAGAUUGUUGCCUGCUUGACUCCAGCUCAGCUUCAGGAGAUCCUGGGAGCUGUGAUUUCCUUUGUCUCCCAUCCCUCCCCGGUGUGCAGGGAGAGGAUGUAUGACGUCCUCAUGUGGAUCCAGGACAACUACAGUGAUGCAGAGAGCAUGGAAGACAACACCUCAGUCGAGGUUUUGAACUCUGCUAAAGAAGCACUUCUUCAGGGGCUCUCUGAAGAAAACCAAGGCCUUCAGCUUUAUGUCCGUAACUUCUGGAGUCAGGAGAAGCGCCUCCCAACCACGACCCUCGAGCGAAUGUUGACGGUGCUCAGUUCUCUGUACUCCUGUCAAAUUGAGAAGUCUUUUCUAAGCCUGGCUACCAAUCUUCUGCUGGAAAGGACCAGCCAGAGUCCGGACUUCAUACGGAACAUUUUUGAGUACCCGCUGUCAGAGUGUACCUUCCAGGACUAUGUGAUCGACUCCAACUGGCGCUUCAGGAGCACAGUGAUGACGCCGAUGUUUGUCGAAACCCAAAGCUCUCAAGGCCCGGAGAGUGUGAUGGCGUCGCAGUCUGGAGGCAUAAAGGGGAAGCUCCGAGCCACGCAGAGCUCAUUAGAGUUCAGCCAGACACAAACCACAGGUCGGCGUACAGCGUAUAACUGGCUGACUGGCAGCAGUGUGGACACGCUGGCAGAGUACACUCUCAGCUCUGAGUCUCUGUCUUCGUUGCUGGCGUUUGAUAAGAAACCAGCGAGGCAAAAUGCAGUCAGGAGACCAGUGGGAGAAGGUUUUGGGCUGAGGCGCCUCACAGCAUCAACCGACGAGGUGGACAGUCGCACUAGAGCGGCGAAUGAGCAACGCAAUAACAUCCUAAGACUGAGACGCAGAUUCAUCAAGGAUCAGGAGAAAGUCAGCUUGAAUUUUGCGCAAAAAGAAAUCCAACAACAAAGACAGAAAAAGGUGGACAAAGCAGAUCAAAGGCUGCGAAAAGAGGCUCAGGUGACUCUCUAUCGUAACUACAGAGCGGGAGACUUCCCGGACAUCCAGAUCCCAUACAGUAGCCUCAUUGCCCCGCUUCAAGCACUGGCCCAGAGAGAUCCAAUUUUAGCCAAACAGCUGUUCAGCGCGCUGUUUGAUGGAAUCCUGCAAGAAAUGGAGACGCACAAAGCAAGAGGGGAGAGCGGGAGAAUUAAAGAGGAGCUGCGUCGCUGCAUGAAUACAUUCCUGAGCAAGAGCACCGUGUGCUUCCCUCCAUUCAUAGCAUGUAUUCAGGACAUGUGCCACCAGCAUAAGGAGCUCCAUCACCUAGAUCCAGCGGCCAUCAGCUCCACGUGCCUGAUGAGCCUCCAGCAGCCAUCGGGCAUCCUGCUGCUGGAAGAGGGCUUGUUGCAUUCCGGUGGCCAGGAGGAGCCUGCUGCCAAGCGGUCCCGAGGACGCAAAGAGAUCCCCCCUGACACCAAUAAAUGGAUCCACCUAGCAAGGCUUUACAGGUCUCUGGAGGAUUAUGAUGUCGUACGCGGCAUCUUUGGUGGUAAAGUCGGGACCAGGUCGAUCACUUGCGCCGCGCUUCAAGCUGAAGCAAACUCCGACUUCGCAGAAGCCGUGAAGCUUUACAAUGAGGCCCUGAACACUGAGCACUGGACAGAUGGCGAGCCCACAGAGUCUGAGAAGGACUUCUGGGAAAUAGCUGCCAUGGACGCCUACAGUCAUCUGACUGAGUGGAAGUCUCUUCGGUACUGCUCCACCUUGUACGUAGAUAUGAUGUGGUCGGAGCCACUCUACCAGGAAAUGUACCUGCGGCACAUGAUUCGCAGCAUGCUGAAGCAGCUGCAGCUGGGUGAAGCAGACCAAACUCUCCUCAGCUUCAUUGACGCAGCCAUGGCGGUGGAGGAGCGCAAAAAGCUGCUGGAAAGUCAUUACAGCCAAGAGCUCAGCCUGCUGUACAUCCUGCAGGAGGACUAUGACCGCGCGACAUACUACACCAACUACGCCAUGCAGCUCUUCAUGCAGAAUUACUCCAGUGUGGAUACGUUGUUGACUCAGAGUCGGCUGACCAUCCUUCAGUCAGUGCAGGCCUUGACUGAAAUCCAAGACUUCCUGCAGUUCAUCAAAGGAGAAGUGUCUAUGCGCUCGCUCACACGGCUCAUCGGUCUGUGGGCCGAACGGUAUCCUGAUGCUAAAGCGGAUCCAGUGAAUUUAUGGGAUGACAUCAUCACAUCUCGAUGUUUCUUCUUGGACAAGAUCAGGAUAAAACUAGGAGGCCACGCCCCCAGUGACAGUAUGGAGGUGGACGGUUCAGAAGAUCAAGCGGGAGCCAUCGACACAUUAGUAAAUGACUGCAAGUUCAGCAUGAAGUUACAAAUGGCCGACAGCGCUUUGAAGCAGAAUAACUUUCCUGUGGCCACCAAGAUGCUGAAGGAACUUCACAAAGAAGCCAAGACAAACAGAGGGUGGUUGCUGCGGUGGGUCCACGGUUUCAGCCGCUACAACCACAAGCGCAGCCAGACACAGGGUCCUGUUGAACAAAUCAGUGCCAUGCUGAAGACUAUUCCAUUCCUGGACGACCUUCAGGCUGACUGUCAGAGUGCAACAGCUAAAGUAUUCAGAUGCCAAAAGAUACUUGAGGGGAAAUCCUUCCACAUCAUGGCCACAGCGGUAGGCAGGAGCCCCUCGGUCCUGGGAACCAUGGAAGCUGAGAAAGCAGGCAGAGUUGCCCAGCUUUCUGGAGCUGCUUGGCCAGAUGAGAAUGCAAAGAAAGUGGAAGUGGGGCUGCAGUUGAAAGCGUUGAACUUGCUGUGUGAUGCUACCAGAAAGGCUGAUGAAGAGCUUCAGUCUUACACGCAGGAAUGUGUGGAAAGCAGCAGCAUCAUUGAGACAUACAUGACUCUGGCUAACUUCUGUGACAAACUGCUGCGAGGGGCGGAGCAGAGUGAUACUGAAAACCAAUUUCCAAACAUGUUGGCACUGCCUGUUCAUAUAUUGGAGAACUUGUUGAAAGCACUGAAGAUGAACUCUGAGGAAGCUCGCCUCAAGUUCCCACGUCUGCUGCAGAUCAUUGAGUUGUACCCCUCCGAGACCCUGGACCUGAUGAUGAAAGAAAUGAUGUCAGUUCCCUGCUGGAUGCUGAUUGGCUGGAUCAGUCAAAUGGUCGCCCUACUGGACAAGCCGGAAGCGGUGGCCGUGCAGCGCUGCGUUGAGCAGAUAGCGGACUGCUACCCUCAAGCUCUGGUUUACGCUCUGAUGAUCAGCAGUGAGAGUUACCAGUUUGAGGACUCGGCUACGGGCCACCAGCAGCGGGGAUUUGUCGACAGGCUCAACAGCGUGCUGGAUAAGGAAGGACCUGUGAAGAACUUUGUGAAUUCCCUGCAGCAGCUGACAAACCCUGAGAUGCUUUUCAGGGAUUGGUGGGAUUGCAUGAAAAAUGAAUUGGACAAACCAGGCUUUGACGAGAAGCGGAUGGGCCGCAUGUAUGAGGAGAUGCACUCCUCACUCGGGAAUUGUAACACAGGCGGUCAUGGAAUGUUCCGCGCAAGAUUCAUCAGAAAGUUUGCUAAAGAUGUGGAGAAGCUGCUGGGAUCUAACGGCAGCAAGCUUUUUCAGAAGAGGAAGGAUAAAAGCUUUUUGAAGCAGGUGGACGAACUGGCAGCAUCCAUGCGUGGUUUUCAGAAGGAACCAGGGAACCUUAAGGAAUACUCGCCCUGGCUGAGUGGAUUCAAAGCGGACACAUUCAGUAAUGAGCUGGAGAUCCCAGGACAAUACGAUGGCAGAUCCAAACCAUUGCCAGAAUAUCAUGCAAAAAUAACUGGCUUUGACGAAAGGGUGAUGGUGAUGUCGUCCAUCCGUCGCCCCAAACGCCUGAUCAUCCGCGGGGAUGAUGAACGGGACCACCCCUUUCUGGUGAAGGGUGGAGAAGACCUCCGCCAGGACCAACGCAUUGAGCAGCUCUUUGCUGUCAUGAACAUUAUGCUGAGUCAUGACGCGGCGUGCACACACAGAGGCAUGCAGCUGCGCACCUAUCAAGUCAUUCCCAUAACCACAAGGAUUGGUGUAAUUGAAUGGAUGGAGAAUACCUGUACUCUGAAAGAGUUCCUUCAUGGUACAAUGACCAAAGAGGAAAAGAAAAGCUCAGAGAGGUGUGCUGAAUACCACAAUAGCUGGCUCCAGAAAUUUGCCGUUUCCAAGAAAGAUCCAAAUCUUUUUUCACUGUAUGGAAAGGCUUAUGAGAAAGCGGCUCGUAACGAGACUGUCACCUACUUUUUGAAAGCGUUGCAGUGUGUGCCCAGCGACCUGCUGAAGAGAGCUUUUCUGAAGAUGUGCAACAGUCCUGAGGCAUUUCUCUCCUUGCGCUCCCACUUUAUCGGCUCGCAUGCCUUGCUGUGUGUCAGCCAAUGGAUUCUUGGAAUUGGUGAUCGUCAUCUCUCCAACUUCAUGAUCAACAUGGAAACGGGAGGCAUGAUCGGCAUCGACUUCGGUCAUGCAUUCGGUUCAGCCACACAGUUCCUCUGUGUGCCUGAGCUCAUGCCUUUCCGGCUGACCCAGCAGUUUGUGAACCUCAUGCAACCCUUGAGGGAGUCGGGUUUGAUCCAAAGUAUCAUGGUCCACUCCCUCCGAGCUUACAGCGCUGAGCCGGACCUUUUGCUAAACACCAUGGAUGUGUUCGUCAAAGAGCCCUCGUUGGACUGGAAGAACUUUGAGCUAAAACAGAUGAAGAAAGGAGGCACAUGGACCGACAGCGUAAACACCAAAGAAAUCAACUGGUAUCCCCUACAAAAGGUCGACUUUGCCAGAAGAAAACUAGAAGGAGCAAAUCCAGCGGCUAUAACCAGUGAGGAGCUGAAGCUGGGCUUUGAGAAGGACCCGGCCUUCCAGGGGAUGCAGUCUGUGGCCCUGGGGUCUGCGGAGCACAAUAUUCGUGCAAGGCUUCCACUUGCAGGCUUGUCGGUGGAGAAGCAGGUGGACUGUCUGCUUGACCAAGCCAUGGAUCCAAAUGUGCUUGGCAGAGUUUGGGUCGGCUGGGAACCGUGGUUCUGAUUCUUUGAUAUUGGAAAUACUUCUAAAAUAGUCACUCACAAUAAUUGGGUAGCAAAUCUUAGCAAAAAUACAAUUGGGAAUAGAGAAUGUGUUUUUUAGGGGUCUGAAGAAGCUCCAUGUCAUGUCAAAUGUUUCCUCUUUUGUAACUGUGACGGAUAAUUUUCAUACGUUGUGUUUAUGGCAGAGCUUGUUUAGCAGAACCAGCAUGUUAUCUCAUACAAUUAAACGUAGGUCUACAAAAAACGCUUUGUUUCUACUUGAAGAGAACCAUUCAACCCAUUUAUUAAUGUCUUUUCAGUUAAAAACACAAAUAUUAAAUAUGCUCUAGAGGCUGAUGUACAAACAAUAAGAACACUUUGAUCAUCGAUUUUUAACUGACAAAUAUUUUCAUUGUGUAUUAUCCCUUGACUCAUAGCCAAAUAAAAGAAAGGAGAGUUGCAUUUCAAGAUCACUCUGAUCUGAUAUCUUUAAAAAUGAAAUAAUUGAAAUAUGCCAUUCGUCCAGUAUAAUGCAAAGAGAUAACAAAUGCCUGAACCCUUUCCCGUCAAACACUCCCCUCCGUGGGCCCGCGUGCUUCUGAGCACAGAACACAGGCUGUCUGACGCUGUGCUAUUUCCUGAUGUUUUUUGGUGUAAUGAAUGCGCUCAACAAGGUCUCUUUCUAUGUAAGCAAAACGUGUCAGAUAUGCAACGCUAGUGUGAUUUGAUCCAACAUAAGGCAGAUUGUAGGGCGAUGUUAACGCUGACAUUGUUGUUAGUGCCUUUUGAAUUUGUAGUACUUUUUAGUGAAUACAUUGUCAUGACACAUUUAUUCAAUUACACAAACUUGGUUUGACAGUGUUUUCAUCUUAGUGUCUCAAGUUCUGUCAUAGAUGCUGGUUAUGCUGCCAAGAAUUGAUGACGGCCCAAGAUGCUGUUAUACUGGCUGUAAAUGCAAAAAUGUUUUAGUGUCAAGUUAUUCCCAAAGUUGUUCACUGUAAUUUGGUUAAAUAUCAGAUGCCAGAUAUCAGGUGCAUUUUUGCACAAAGCUCGUCAAUCUUAAAAUUUAAGAACUUGUUUCAGUUCUUGAAUGUACAUUCAAUACAUUCAGGGUUUUUCUGCCUCAGGCUUACUUGUUCUGGUAUGACCGGUAGUUUUAAGAAGUUUAGAAAUGUUUAAAUGCCACGUUUAAAGACAUAUGUUCAUUGUUUUACCAUGGCCAAAAUGAAUCCGUGAAUGAAAAGUGAAUUAAGUUACAACGCUGCCAUCAUGUGGAGGUUUUUAGGAUAAAAUCACAUGUAUCGUCA